AUGUUACCGUCAUACACUCAUACAAGGAAAACAGUGAAGGAAAGAGAGCAGAAGAGAGGGAGAACAAGAAAGGAAAAGAAAUAUGUAAGGGAGAGUGACUGUAUUGUGUGUUCAUCCAGAGACUUGAUGCUGUUGAAGUCGGGAAACUGGUCAAAGAAGAUCGAAGUGGCGAAAGCCUUCAAAGGAGAGGAGAUCAGCGUGAAUCUAAUCAGCUCAGAAUACGUGGGGUUGGACAUUCAGCAGAAGUUUAGUGCCUUCUACUCUGGACCAAAGAGGUACGAAGGUGAAUCACUCACACCUGAGCAACAUGACACGAUGCAAAUAGCACAGGCUAAUGCUCAGAGAUCACAGGGUGCAACACAGAGAAUACAGCCAACAGGUCAGCAAACACAGGUUACGGCACAGAAGAGAACCUCCACAUCCACAGAAAAGGUUCCAGGCAAAAGACAAUGUAACCACUUCUGCAAAAACAAGGAUCAGUGUGGCCACGACUGCUGUCAAAAUGGAGUGCCAGUGGUUCUGAAGAGGCCUAUGAAUCAGCAUUCGAGUUUCUCUUCCUACCUCCAAGACCUGAAGACCAGGAGUGACACACUGACGGAGACUCCAGUCAAACGCCUCAAAAUGAGAAUGAGUGGUGGGACUGGGGCUACGAACAUUCAGCAAUUUUCUUAUACGCCUGCUGCUUGCAGGUAUGUAGGUAAUCAUUAUGGAGCUUCAUCAAUACAACAGAGUGUGGAAUCAGCUGAGGACUUUGCAACGCCCCAAGAGAUGGCAUAUCUUGAGAACUAUGACCAUGAUGGGAAGUGUGUCAAAGAAGCACAGGCCACAGCAGAGGAAGCAAGAAGGAGAGAGGCAGUGAGGGACACCCUGAGAGAGAAGCUGGAUCUGGAGAAGAGGGCUCUGCAGGUGGUGGAGCGUCUCUUGGAGGACAGCGUAGCAGACGACUUCCUGGUUGACUGUGCAAGGUUGAUCACUGCUGCCAAUUACAAAGACACAGUUGAGGAGAGGUCCAUUGUGAAGCUGUGCGGUUAUCCUGUCUGUUCAAACAAACUGGGCAAGGUCUCCACUCAACAGUUCAAAAUUUCCACCAAAACCAAUAAAGUCUAUGACAUCACGGAACGCAAGAGCUUCUGCAGUAACUUCUGCUACAAAGCCUCCAAGUCCUUUGAGCUGCAGAUAUCAAAGAGCCCUCUGUGGCUGAGGCAGCACGAGAGCCCCCCAGAUGUGAAAUUAAUGAAGAAAGGAGAUGGCGGUAGCACCGGAGAGGAGGUGAGGCUGGCUGAGAGGCGUCUCAGAGAGGACGAUGUGGAGAACCCCCUUCCCUUGGACUUCAUGUCCCCCGAGGCCCCAGAGGACCCCAGGCGCUCCCCUACAGCCGGCCACAGCGACGACAGCGAUGCAGAACACGACUUUGUCUCAAGCGUGGUCUCCCAGCGACGGGGACCCAGGGUGCACUGGGGCGAUCUGCCCAAGCGCACCGCCGAAAGGCAGGGUAGGGAACCUGGAGAGGGGGAGGACAAGGAGAGAAGGUCGGGAGGGAAGGACACAACGGUGCCCAAGCAAAUACAAACAAACGAGGCGGAAGACAAGGAGGAGGAGAAUACAGAAGAAUCACAGAAAGCACAAAGGAAGCCAAGCAAUGGCACAGAUGGACACCAACAGCACACCACAGAUACGAACCACCAGAGUGAGCAGCAAUCUUUCCUGGGAGAGAGAGGCUCGCCAGAGGGCCAGUCUAUGGAGGAAGCCGCAGAGCUAUUGAGCCAAGUUACAAUACAGGAUCGAGACCCAGCCACAGCUACGUCUCCUGCACUAACAGCCUGCAGUGUACAGAAUCAAGACCCAGCUCCAAACCGCAGUCCACAGGGAGACCCAGCACAGCCCACCCAGCCUGGCAUCAACAUCACCCAGGUGGGCAUGAGCAGGAGGGGAGCCCAGGGGCUCCGGGGGCUCCUCAAAUGCCACGAAGCCGGGACUAAACCUGUCUCUGUCCGGCUGAACCUUAUAGAAGGCCUAAGGAGGACCUUCACUGAAUGGAUGACUGAGGAGACUAUGAAGUUCCUAUAUGGCCCAGACCACUUUAGUAAAACACUGAUAGAAACAAAGGAGGAGGAGAAGGAGAAGGAAGAGGAGCUAGAUGAAGAUGACUUGGAGGACAUUGUGAAGGAUGGUGGGGAGGAACGUGACACUGACUCCCAAGGGGGUCCAGGAAGGCCCUCGGCCCCGGCCCCAGACUACGACACCCUACGCAGGGAGACAGAGGAGAUGGGGUUGAGGGUGAGGGAGUUCUACAAAGGGACGAAGGAAGUCCAGCGGGUGUCAGGGAAACAACAUACCAGAGACGAAGACUCAGAUAACCAGGGUGGGGCACUCCCGUUGGUUGACUCCCAUUCCCAGCACCUCAUCCAGAAACGGAUUACGGUGGAGAAGCUCACUAAAGGCCUGAGAGACAUCGUGGGCCCUCUGCGUCUCACCAUGACUGACGUCUCCAGUGACCUCAACAGGCUGGUCAGAACCUUCAGAUUUACAAACACCAACAUCAUCCACAAAGGCCCAGAGUGGACCCUGAUUGCGGUGGUGCUCCUCCAUUUGUUAUCAGAGGUGUCCCCGGUGGUGCGGGAGGCCCUGGAGAGGCCGGCCUCAGUCGAUUACCUCUCUACUCUGAUGCAGGAGCUCCUACUGCUGGACCAGGACCUGCAGAGCCUGGUCCAGCUACUCAGAACCGCAGAGCUCUGUCCACACGAGCACACAGAGAAACGGCAGACAAAUCAAUGAAAGUAUUCUUCUUCUGGACAACAUUUUCCCCUUUUAUAAGAACUGCGGGGAGACGUCAGUCCGGUUAUCCUUUUUACUUGUCUUUGUUGCUUUUUCGGUUUUGUUGAUUUCUAUUUGAUUGAUUGUGUUCUAUUAUUGAGAAUUAAGAGUCAAAUAAUGACUUUCGUCUUCUCCCGGGCAAUGUACAGUGCUCGAUGUGGUUGUAGUUCUCUGAAAUGAAGACCGUGUAGGCAUACCGUAUCACUGAAUAGGCUUGUUUUCAAACAUAAAUUCUUACACUUGUGCGUAGUUGAGUGAAUCUGUUGAUGCUGUAAAUGUUUAAAUCAAAUCUUUAAAGUGACAAGCCUCUGAUGUUUAACCCUGUGCCUCUAUACAACCAAAUCAAAUCACACUCAGGUUUUACACUUUGUCUAAAAACGUCAUGUGUUGUGGACUAUAUUGCCUAACUGUAAGAGGAUGGUGCAAUAAAAGUGAUGCUGUUUCUCCCAACUUCCUUAA